AUGUUUAUCUCGGCUGCGCUUUCCUUGGCGGCAACUGCUUCAUUUGCUCUUGGAGCGGCUGCAGCCAACUUGGUACCUGGUAAAGCUUUUGAUCGCAUGGCGAUUAUUUACUUGGAAAACACCGAUUAUGACAAGGCUUACGGUGAUUCGAGCAUGAAAUGGCUUAGGAAAAAGGGCAUCACCUUGAGCAACUUCUAUGCUACCACUCAUCCGUCCAUGCCAAACUACAUGGCUAGCAUUGCCGGCGACUACUUUGGCAUGGACGAUGACACUGACGGCCUAAUCGCUCCUGCCAAUGUGGCCACUGUUAUUGAUCUCCUUGAAUCCAAGAAUAUCUCUUGGGCGCACUAUGAGGAGGACAUGCCGUUCACUGGCUUCACCGGCGAUGAGUUCAAUGGCAAGAAAGGAAGGAAUAUGUAUGUGCGAAAGCACAACCCAGCAGUUCUGCACAAGAGCGUCACUGAGUCACCCGAUCGGCUCGCUCAGGUCAAGAAUCUAUCCAUGACGGAUACGCACCGCUCUGAAUUCCACAAAGACCUGCAGGCCAACACGCUGCCUCAAUGGAUGUUCAUCACGCCCAACAUGACGUCGGAUGGCCACGACUCGGACAUGAAGACGGCCGGCAAAUGGACUCGCAACUUUCUAGAGCCGCUCCUUGCCAAUCCCAACUUUACCAAGAACACGCUCAUCCUCGUUACAUUCGAUGAGACGGAUGCGUACGAGAUCAAGAACCAAGUCCUGGCUGUUUUGGUUGGUGAUGCAAUCCCCGCAGAGCUCGUGGGAACAACGGACAGCAACUUCUACAACCACUAUUCCGGAAUUUCUACUGUCUCUGCAAAUUGGGAUCUGCCAACUCUUGGUCGCUGGGAUGUCGGCGCGAAUGUCUUCGGACUUGUCGGGGCGAAAACUGGCGAUAAGAUUAGGGGCUGGGACAAGACUGACUUCAAGUCCUACAAUUGGAAUGGGUCUUAUGGGGGUUACCUCAGUACUCAUCCCAAGGGCAAGAAGAUCCCUAAGCCCAAUUUGAGCCUCGACAAGCCAGCCAAUGGCCGACCCAUUUUGCAAUCCAUCAAGGAUACAUGGGCAAACAGUGACGCCCCUACCUACUACGAGGACAGCAUCAAGGUCGCUGAUUACCGUCACCCUCCCGCUGGUUACAAGCCUUGA